AUGGUUCUGUGAGCAGCAUAUAAGACAGACGAAAAUAUUAACGCAGAUUAAGUAUAGUUAUUGGAGAAACGUUAACUAAGGGAACAGAACCAAACAUUUCCUCAAAGGUUCCUAAACUCAUCUAAAGGCCAAAAAAAUGAGACAGUGCCUACACAUAGAAAGAUCUUUAGAAAAGAGAAAAAAGUUAUGAUACCAAGAAAUGCAAAAGGACCAGGACCAUUUCAUCAGUACUUUGGACUAUGAAAAAGAUUAUCAACAAAAAGCUGGAGAUUGGGAAACAGAUAAUGAGAGACAAUAUCAACAGACAUUUUGUCAGAAGAUUCAGCAGAACAAGAAGUUUCGUGCCAAGUUUACUUAUAGUGUAGUUCAGUGUUUCGCCUACAUGUUACUGGGAUGGAUGAAAGCUCAAAUUGGUCCCUCAUUCUCAGACAUUCUCCGUAUCGCUGAUGCGAGUCUUGACCAAGGAGGCAUUAUUAGGACCAUCUACUACGUGGGUGUUGUAAUCGGAUGUCUGGCCUGUGCAAUAUUGUUUCUUCGUCUACCAACACCAUUGUUAUCUGCUGUCAUUUUUGCUGUCGUGACUGUCGACAUUGCUGUCAUUCCCUGGUGUUCCAAUUACAUUGCUAUGGUGACCACUCAUUUUAUACAAGGUUUCUGUUUUGGAAUUUUUGAUACAAUUACUUUCGCCGAAGCAGUGCGAAUAUGGAAGAAUAAUUCCAAAUCAUAUAUGCAAAUAUUGGCUUUUGGAUUUUCACUGGCGUCUGUGGCAUCCCCGUUGGCCUCUGCACCAUUUCUGACUGAUAUAAAAUAUACUUCGUUGUCUUCAGCAAACGUUACACAGAGGGAUUCACCAGAUACAAAACAAUAUACUAAUCUCAACAACACAUAGUUUUAUAGUGUUAGAAACCAACGAAUCGUUAGUUCAGCCAGAACCGUUGAAGUUUUACAAAGCUUACACAAUAACAGCAGUUCUUACUUUUAUAGCGUUUGUAUCGCUACUGACGGUGUGGAUAGUAUAUCGGGGGCAUUUUAGAUCUGUACAAAUGUCAGUGACAGUGAAAACAGCUGAUACAGGCAUAGAGCAAGGGUACUCAUCGACACAGCAUCUAACUGUCAAACGGAAAGUGUUUUACCUGGUAUUAAUGUCAACACUAUUUGCUGUAUACAACUCGGUGGAUUAUACGUUUACGGAUUUCCUCACCUUGUUCUGUGUUAGACAAUUGCAUUGGAAGACAACGGAUGGAGCCUUUCUGACAUCCAUUGUGUUUGUUGCCUCGUUAUUCAGUCGUUUUGCCGCUAUAUUUUUGGUGCGAGUCAUUCGUUUGGAUGUAUAUAUGGGGAUACUAAUGUGUCUUUUGAUUGGUUCUUUCAUCGGAAUGGCGUUUAUAGCUCAUACCCUGUGGAGUCCUGGGAUGUGGGCUUGCUCAGCUUUAGUAGGCGUGGCUACUGGGCCGAUUCCAGGAGCUCUGGUGUCCUGGACGCACGAGGCGUUUGUCCCCGUUACUGGUAGAGUGUCGUCUGCUCUCCUUGUAGCAGCAUUUAUUGGUGCUACAGUUAACCCGCCAAUACUCACUCAUCUGUUCGCGGUAACGGCAACAUGGUUUACAUAUCUGUUUGUUAUAGAAAGUUUUAUAACACUCUGUAUUUUCAGCUUGGCAGUUUUCUUUUCAAUGAAAAAGUAGUGUAAACCAAUUAGAUCAAAAUUCAGAUAAACAAUAUAUAAAUUAAGAUUACUUCUAGAACCGAUGGCAUUGCAAGAGUUAAUACUGGUCUGGCCGUGGUUUAGGAAAGACAUAACAUUUUGAUAAUUAAACCAAAUAUAUAUUAA